AUGAUUAUUACCUUAAGGGAGCUAGAGAAAGCUACAAACAAUUUCGAUAGAGAGCGUCUGAUUGGUGGUGGAGGGCAUGGUAUUGUGUUUAAAGGGGAUCUAGGUCUAAAUGUCGUGGCAAUCAAGAAAUCGAAGAUUGUAGUACAAAGAGAAAUCAAUGAAUUCUUAAAUGAAGUCGUCGUUCUUUCUCAAGUAAACCAUAGAAAUGUUGUUAAGCUCUUAGGAUGUUGCCUUGAGACAGAAGUUCCACUCCUGAUUUAUGAGUUCAUUUCAAAUGGAACCCUUUAUCAUCAUCUUCAUGUUGAAGGACCAAUAUCAUUAUCAUGGGCCAAUCGACUGAGAAUUGCACUUGAAGUUGCUAGAGCACUAUCCUAUCUACAUUCGGCUGCUUCAAUGCUAAUAUUUCAUAGGGAUAUUAAAACCACCAACAUACUUCUUGAUGAUAAUUUAACUGCAAAGGUAUCAGAUUUUGGUGCUUCAUGA